UGUAUGCAGCAGGACAGAGGAGUGCCUGGGAAGCCAUGGAGCCCAGCAGUGUGCCCCCAGCCUCUGUGACCCCCUCGUGGGACGUGUUCCCCCAGCAGACCCUGGAGCCCGUGGACAUCGCUGUGCUCGUGCUCUACUUCCUCUUCGUGCUGGCCGUGGGGCUCUGGUCCAUGUGGAAGACGCAGCGCAGCACCGUCAAGGGCUAUUUCCUCGCCGGGGGACAGAUGGUCUGGUGGCCUGUGGGUGCAUCCCUGUUUGCCAGCAACGUGGGCAGCGGGCACUUCAUCGGCCUGGCAGGCUCGGGAGCUGCCUCGGGCAUUGCAGCCACAGCCUACGAGUGGAACGGGAUGUUCUGUGUGCUGGUGCUGGCCUGGCUCUUCCUGCCCAUCUACAUCGCCUCGGGGGUUACCACCAUGCCAGAGUAUUUGCAGAGACGUUUUGGAGGCAAGAGGAUUCAGAUCUUCCUGGCCAUUCUCUACUUGUUCAUCUACAUCUUCACCAAAAUAUCUGUGGACAUGUAUGCCGGGGCCCUGUUCAUCCAGCAGGCCCUGCACUGGGACCUGUACAUUGCCGUGGCCGGGCUGCUGGCCAUCACUGCCGUGUACACCGUGUCUGGUGGCCUGGCAGCUGUGAUCUACACGGAUGCCCUGCAGACCCUCAUCAUGCUCAUCGGGGCCGUGUCCCUCAUGGUCUUCAGUUUUAUUGAAGUUGGUGGCCUUGAAGGUUUACAGACCAAAUACUUUGGUGCCAUCCCCAGCAUCCGGCCGGAGAACAGCAGCUGUGGCCUGCCCAGGGAAGAUGCUUUCCACAUCUUCAGAGACCCUCUCAACUCCGACCUGCCCUGGCCAGGAGUCCUGGUGGGAAUGACCAUCCCCUCCCUGUGGUACUGGUGCACAGACCAGGUCAUUGUUCAGAGGUCCCUCGCUGCCAAAAACCUCUCCCACGCCAAGGGAGGCUCCUUGAUGACCUCCUACUUGAAGAUUUUGCCCCUCUUUAUGAUGGUAAUGCCAGGCAUGAUCAGCCGGGUUCUCUUCCCAGAUCUGGUGGCUUGUGCAGACCCAGAAAUCUGCCAAAAAAUCUGCGGGAACCCCUCUGGCUGUUCUGAUAUUGCUUAUCCCAAGCUGGUGUUGGAGCUCCUGCCCGUAGGGCUCAGGGGCCUGAUGAUGUCCGUGAUGAUUGCAGCCCUCAUGUCCUCCCUGACCUCCAUCUUCAACAGCUCCAGCACCAUCUUCACCAUGGACCUCUGGAAGCACCUCCGGCCUCGCUGCUCCGAGUGGGAGCUGAUGAUCGUGGGCAGGGUCUUUGUGCUGCUGCUGACCGUGGUGUCCAUCCUGUGGAUCCCCCUGGUGCAGGCUGGCCAGGGUGGGCAGCUCUUCAUCUACAUCCAGUCCAUCAGCUCCUACCUGCAGCCGCCCGUGGCCGUGGUCUUCAUCCUGGGCUGCUUCUGGAAGAGAGCCAACGAGAAGGGAGCCUUCUGGGGGCUGCUGCUGGGGCUGCUGCUGGGCGCCGUGCGCCUGGUGCUGGAUUUCAUCUACCCCGAGCCGCGCUGCGGGCAGCCCGACGGCCGGCCCGGCCUGCUCCGGCACAUGCACUACCUCUACUUCUCCAUGGUGCUGGGGGCCACCACCAGCCUCACCGUGCUCCUGGUCAGCCUGGCCACCGAGCCCCCGGCCCCACACAUGAUCAGCAGGCUGACCUGGUUCACCCGCGGGGAUGCCCUGGCCGGGCAGGAGCCGGCGGCCGGGCCCGGCCCCGCCAAGGAGCCGCUGCAGCUGGAGCUGAGCCCCGCGCCCGAGAGCGGCUCCGAGGGCAGCAAAGGUGCAGCCGAGGCCAAGGGCAGCUCCAAGCUGCUGAGCACCUUGCUGUGGCUCUGCGGGAUGGAGCGCAGGCAGGAGGGGGCUGAGAGCCUGCCCAGAGCUGAGCCCCUGCCCGCGGUGUCCCUGCAGGAGGAGCCCCUGGUGAAGCACGUCCUGAACAUCAACCUGCUGCUGUGUGUGUGUGCCGGGGUCUUCCUCUGGGCCUACUUCGCAUAGCCAGGGGGCUGCCAGGCACACACCACCGUCUAAUCCUAACUGGUGUAAAUAUUAAUGAUUAGCACAGGGUCAAUGUAAUUCUUAAUGCUUUCUAAAUUUUAUUUCUUUAUUUAAGACGUUUUAAAGACAUAAUGUUUUCCUUAUUUCUAAUGGGGGCCUGGCUGUGCCCGGGGCCGAGCGCUUGGCACUGGCACCGUCAGACCCCACCUGGCACCAACCAGCUGAGGAAAGUUGGUUUGGUUAUUUUAAAUAUUUAAUUUUGCUCUUUGGCCUUAGAGCACUGCCUGGAAUUCAGGAAGCCUGGAACCUCUUCCUAUUUAUGCCUCUAUAACCAGCUACGACCACUUGGGUCCCCUCUGGUUCAGCUCCUCUGGCCUUGGAGGACAGCAGUGACACCUCCAGUGCCCAGGGCAGAGCCAGGGGCUGUUCUCUGGGCUCUGGUGUGCCUCUGGCUCAGCUGUGCAUGUUCAGCUCCUUCCCUGUGUGCAGUGAGUGCUGAUGGACCUGUCUGGCUGAGUGACCACCACUGACACUCCAAUGGCAACACCAGCACCAGCCUGGAAACUGCCCCAUAACUGCUGCUGGGGCACCUGAAGGACCUAAACCAGCCAGGCCCACCAGGUGUGCCAGGACAGGGGUGCCCAGGGCCAGCUCCUCAUGGCCUGGGCACACACAGCCCUUCUGGGAAUGCCUCGGUGGAGAGCCCUGGGCUGGGCACCAUCCCUGGCCCUGGGCACCAUCCCUGGCCCUGGGCACCAUCCCUGGCCCUGGGCCUCGUGCAGCUGCAGAGAAACAUUAAAGAGUGAGAUCUGGUCCCUGCCUGCCUGGAGUCUGUGGGAUGGGGGGGCUGCCACGACCUCUGGGCCCCAUGGCCAGGUUGGGGGAGGCUCCUCUGGAGCCCCUCAGCUGCCCUGGCUCCCUGCUCCCCUGCCCAGCCUGCUGGGGCUUCCCAGAGCUCAUGAAAUCCUGCAGGGUCAUAGCAAAGCUCACCCCAGAGCUGGCAGCACUCCGUGUGCAGGCAGUGACAGUGACAGUGACAGCAGGCAGGAGCACCUGAAACCUGCAGCAGCCCAGAGUCAGGAGAUGAUCUCGUUAAACCACACAAAGGGAAUUGGCCCUGGAGGAUCCUUCUUGAGCUUGUGAAACGCUGCUGGAAACCCUGGGGGAGAGAGGCACUGCAGCUUGGGGGAUAAACAUCAGAAUCAGUCACAGGACUGGAGUCUGGGGCUCUGCAAACUGAAGUUAGAGUUGCAAAGAUUUGUUUCAGGGCUGGUGUGGUGACAGAGGAAGGUCUCAGUGCUCCCACUGAAGUCCUUAAGGGAAAGCCAAGCUGAGCAGCCAGCGACUCCAAGCUACACAGUGCAGGGGGUCACUGUGACCUUCGGGACCAGUGGAAGCAACAAAACUAGAAUAAAGAUGCCUUAAGUUGACAAAAAACAA